UGUUCUCUCACUCACAAACUCAUCUGCAUUUGGAUCUGCUUAUACACUCAACAUUUGAAGUGAAAAUUCUUAAUUUCGAUAUUAAAUUUUGCAGUAUGCACUUCCACACGGAAACCCUAAAACUUGAAAUGAUGACAGACAGCGUGUUAUUGAUUCUAUUUCUUUGAUAAUUACAGUCUAUAUUGUUGUUAUAAUAUACAUACAUACCCACCCUAUGAAUGGAGAAUAUAUACAUAUAAUAGCACAAGGAAGAUGAAACUUACAAGUAUUUCUGUAAGCUUAGAAAGAAAGAAAGAAACUGUACACAAUAUUUUGCAACAAAGAAAGAAGAGAUUUUUAGUAUAAAAUUAGGAGUUUUAUGGUAUUGGGAUCGAAAGAUUUCAUAAUCUAUGGAUCAUGUAGAAGAAUGUAUACAUUAUUAAUGCUAGUGUAUUAUGAAAACUGUUGUAAAAAUCGUUAGGCGCACACACACAUACGUAUACAUUUGCCUACGCCUACAUUUGCAACACUGAUUACGAGUCAAAAGAGCGAAAUAAACACUUAGAUGGUGUUUGUUUUUCUAAAAAAUAUAUGCACAUGCUCUUUUGUCUGCGCCGCGUAGACCACACGCAGACAUUGCCAUCUGCAGAUUUUUUUUUUCCGAAGACGUAUCAUUAAAAAACGUCUGCGUGAACUCUUCUUGGUGCAGACUUGGCCCAACCAUUUUUAAGAUCUUCUAAAGGUCAGAGGGUUAAACACCACCACCCACCACCACCACCACCGUCUGUACACUACUACCAGUUUAUUUUAGAAGUCUACAUACGUUAAAAAACAAACAGCCUUCUUCUUGUAGACUGCAGAGAUUUGGUCCACUUCUUCUUCUACAGAUGUGGUCGGCAGACUGUAGACAUUUUACCUCUUAAAAAACAAACUGCACCUAAAUUACUCUAUGAGAGCACUUGUCUUGAAGCUUUUAUUAUGCUAGCAAUAUUUUCUUGAAGUUGCAGGUCCUUGUGUCAUCCUUCUCCUCAUACGGAAGGAGCAUGACUCAAAUUCGGAGCAGAUAAAUGGCGUAUCUCAAAACCUUACACACCCCUACUGUAUAAAUGUACGUCUCUCUCACUCUGUAUAUACUUUCUUCCAACUAACACCUAAUAUAUCUUUAGUUUGAAUAUGGAUUUUUAUAACAUAUGUUUCUAUUUUUUAAUCAGUCUUAGUACUCUAGCGAACACCUAAUAUCCUACUAUGUUAAUCCCCUUCUGUGUUCACGUGUGAUGGUAUAAACACCAUUUAUACAGUCAGCUCUAGUUUUUACAAGAAAUGCAACUGCUUAAUUUAGAUGUCAAACGCCUUUAAUAAAUUAUUAGUAAUUAUAUUCAUUUUCAGUUAGGUCUUGCUCUAGUUUCUUUUUGGGUUGUUUAUUGAGCAGUUUUUCGACAUCAAACCUUGAAGACUUGGUUUGGCUUUAUUAAUUUCGGAGGGAAAUAAUGACAACAUAUAUUUUGUUGUAUACUAAUAGUAUUAACGUCUUAGAUAAUAAUGCUAAAUUCUUAUAUAACAAAUAUAUCUUCAUAAGAUCUUGGAGAUAAUAUUGUUUAAACUUCUUGUAUUAAAUCCAUGUGGGAUAAAAACGGUUAUCUACUCCCAUACUUAAACUCACUGUCACUAAUUAUCCAUGUGGGAUGGGUUGUUACGAAAAUGAUAAAUGCGUUCAAUCUUAAAGCUAUAAUACUAAUAUGCAAUGAGUGAAAACGAUUUGUGCAUUAUACUUGACUUUACAUUCAUAAGAACCUUGAAACUUGGGAAUGUUUUUGCUCUAACUAUGACAAGUACAAGGUUUUUUCGAAAGCUUAAGUCCAUUACAAAUGCUUAUGUUUUCCAACUUUAUGUUUCGAUUUUAUAGUUAUAUUAGAUUGUUUGUCCUUACGAUUGGAUAUUAGGAGUGUUUAAACCCUAGAUGUUUCUAUUUUCUAAUUCAUUUAGCAAGAUAAUUUGACUUUAUGAUUUUGAAGUUGAAAAUCGGAUGCACACAUUUGCGGUUAACAAAGUGUGUCCGUUUAUGUAUGCCUCGACAAAAUAACCAUUGGUCCGCAGUUAAGUAUAUUCUACGUUAUCUUUAUAGUUGUGGUGACUAUGGUCUCCUCAUUAGACAAGCAUUUGGAUUAUGCUCUUCACCAGCAAAGUGGUUCACAAAGCUCUAAAUCUUCCCUACACACCUUCUUAGAUGCUUAUAGGCGACUGUCUAGAUGUUUGUCGGUCUAACGGGGAUUUGCUAUCUAGUUGACUUCCAACCCUGUAUCAUGGGUUGCCCGCAAAGAACACACAAGUUCUUGUUCCACUACUGACUCUGAAUACAAAGCUCUUGUCGACAUAUCUUCUUUGUGAAUUUGGUGUUGAUGCAAUCUAUGUGGUGACUAUACUCAAAGAUGAGCCAUGAGCGCUCAGGGGAGGCCUAGGCGUCUCGAACACGCGUAAGUCGAUGUCUUCACUCUUCUUAAGUGAAUGUGAGGCGAUCACGUGAUAGUCGAAGUUCAAUUUUUGCUUCUUUUCUCUUCUUUCUUUUUUGCUAACGACUCUUGUUUCUUCCUUUUAGCACACACGACCUUGCUUCUCUUUCUUCUCUUAAGUUUCCUAUUAAAGUCAUUUUUGGCCCUUUUUAUUAUAUUUUGUCUUGAGCAUUGGUUUUAUUUUUCGGGGCUUUUUUUCCUCCUCUUGUUCGGACUUUUUUUCUUCUUUUGUUGUUUUUUUUGUAGAUUUUUUAUCGUUUAUUUGGGUAGAAUUUAAUGCACUAUACAUGUCGUUGUAUUUGAUUUUUAUAGUUAUCGAUAUUAGUUGGAAUGUUGGAUGCUUUUAAUUACUAAUUAAUAUUUCAAUGAUUUUAAUUAAUAUUUUUUCGAUGAUUAAAGUUGAUAUUAUUUGGAUGAUCGUAAUUGCUAAUUAUAUUAGUUUUUCUAUUAUAUUUGGGGAAUAGUAUUAAUUUCUAUGCAUAUUAUUUUUUUAUUUUUUUUUAUCUUUUUUGUUAUUAAGCUUCUUUGCCUCAGGCCUGCACUUUUUCUUACACUAAAUUGUAAUUAUCUUACUCCAAAAGGUAUUUAAGUAUUAUAUCAAACUAUAUGCAUAUGCCCUUUAUAACCCUUUUACCACCACCUUUGUAGUUUAACUUGUUAAACACAUGAUAAUAAUCUUUAACGAUCCGACUCUUAAAAGUUAAACGGAUCAAGGUUUUGGAACUGAAGCAAUUAAAAAUUAUUUACUCUUGAAAUACGUAUACUUUGGAUAUCAUUCUAGCAUCUAUCACAUGCCAAGAAAUGAGGUGACAGCAAAUAUAUUUCCUUUGUUGCAGCAAGUAUUUACGACAAACACAUAAUAGUUAUUUUUCCUUUUUAUGGUCGAGUCAAACUCGCAUUAAUGCCAUUAGAUAUCACUCUUCUGUCUAUAUAUGACCUACAUGAAUCGCCUAAAGAUAUCAUCAAGUGGUGGAUUUGCGGUUUGGCUUACAUACACAACCCUAAAUUCGCAGUAACUUGCCGCCGCAUCACCACAGACAAUGGCAGCCGAUAACCGAUCCCUCGUUGAGCUUCCAACGCACAAUCUGGAAGACGUUCUCUUGAGGCUGCCAUUGCGAUCUCUCUUUUCUGUCUUCCGUAUUUCCAACCCGCAGUUGAAUUUAAUAAAAAACGAUCGAGAUUUCGCACGAAUGUGCUUUGAAAAAUCGGAAUCCCAGUUGAUGAUUUGUUCUCCGAUUCGUUCGGAUGUUCACUUGAUUCACUUGGAUGCUGAUACCCGUUUAUCCGUUGCUGAACGGGUUGAAAUCAAACCGAAUUUUAGGCUCCCGUUAUUCGGGUUUGACGUUACGCAUUCGUCCAACGGACUAGUACUUUUGGAGAAUAGUAACAUUGACCAGGAUGUUCACCGGUGUAUGGUAUGCAAUCCGGUUACCGGUGAAUAUAUAUGGCUUCCCGAUUCUCCGGGUCUUUCUAGACACGCUACGUGUGCGUUUUUUUACAGUCCAGUGACAAAUCAGUUCAAGAUUUUCCGUACUUUUCACCGCAUAUUUCGUUUAAGUCCAGAACCUGACUCUGAAUCUGAAUCUGGUUCUGAAUCUGACGUGAAUUCGGAUGAUUCGAAUCAUGACCCGGGUAUCGAAAUGAAUCCCUUCCCAGACGACAUUUAUGAUUCUGUUUCUGUUUCUGAUUCUGAUUCCGAUCUUGAUUUCGGUUCGGAUUCGGAUUCGAAUUAUUCUGAAAGUGACAGAGUGGGGGAGUUUCUUUUAAGCGGUUCUGAUGCGUGGGAACGCGUUGACGGCGUACCGUUCUCUCCCCAGGCUAUACACUCUCCGUGUUACUUAAACAACGCUACUCACUGGCUUUGUUCUGACGAGAGUGUGCACAAUGUCAUUGUUUCGUUCAAUUUCGAAACGGGUCAAUUCGGGGAGAUUCCCGGGCCGCCCGGCAUGACCAAGGACCAUGCAAACAAACCCGACCACAUGACCAUGGUUUUACUCUAUGGAUGUCUUUCGAUAUUCGACAACUACACAAACACGACAGCGUUCGAUGUUUGGAAAAUGAAUGAAUAUGGUGUGAAAGAGUCGUGGAGUAGAGCGUUCGUGAUUGACACCACUGUGUGGGGUAUAUACGGCAUUCAACAUGCUUUUACGCCUGUGAUUUGCCGAAACAACGGGGAGGUAGUGAUGGUAUCUAAAAGCGGUUAUAUAGUAUUCCAUGACUUGUUGAAGACGAGGGGUAGAAUCUUAUUUCACUCAUCACUCGAGGACCCGUAUAUAGCAGUGGCCCAUACUCCUAGCUUAAUGCCGUUGAGUGACGUUACCCGAGGUACCAACAUGGUGCUACAAAAUGUGUUACCAGGAAGGUUUGCUAAGCCAGAGUUGAACGAGCGUAACUACCUGCAGUUAUCAACAACUUUCUCUAAGUAGGAGACUGCUGAUCAUCGAGACUGGUUAUCGCGAAUCGCGAUAUAGCAAUUUUGUUCUUUCGAGUCGUACUUUUUUUGUUCAAGAACUUUUGGUGUGAUGUCAUUUUGGUUUUUUUUUGGAAUUUUGUAGUUCAUGCAUGUUGUCAUGGUUAUGCCAUGUGAUGUUUUUAUUUUUAUUUUUCUGGAGUUGGUUUUGGUUUUUAUGAUAUGGUCCAGGUUGAAGCUGAACCGCAGGAUGGUCCGGGCUUGGCUGUUUACAUCAGAUCUGACUAGUUGGAUAUCGGCUCGGUCAAGACCUUGAUGGGUUCAGUCAUUGUAUGAGAUAGAUCGGUUUGUCGAUCCGAUGCCAAUUGUGGUUCAAGUUGAAACCAAAAUUGACAUUUGUUUUGAUACUAGUUCUUCAUUAAUCAAUAAUUGCAUGUUCUUUUUUUAUA